AAUGGGGUUAGAGUGUUGCUCUUAUUGUUGGUUAUGCAUCCUUUUAUAUUCUCCUGAAUAAAUGUAAAUGGUAUAGAUUUUGUAGACGAAGUGGGACGAAAGAGAGUUAUUCGUUUUAAUCGGAACAGAACGUCCUGUGACCCUGAGGUGGCUUGUUGACUGACGACUGGAGGAAACGAGCUACAUGUUGGCCCAGGUAAAUAUUUAUGAAUGGGUGGAUACAGUGAGCUGGUUGUUUACAGCACCUCUGGUAUGCAAUGCCCUUGUUUUUAGAGCUCACACUCCAACUCGACAUUUUCAGCCAAUAAGCUGGGAGACUGCAUGGCGAGCACUGGUGUAUAUUUGGUGAGCUGUCCGCUCUCUCAGUGGCUUCUUGUACGCGUAUAAAUGUAGCCUCUGUGUGAGCUGGCUUCUUUCUCACAGUUGCCAUGGCUUUUCCUCGCUCGUUUCUUCUCUGCUUGCUGUCCUGCACCUUGCUUCAUCAGGGAUGUGCUCGUCCUUCCCGCUCCAGGAAAGCUGCGGCAGGUCAAGAUGACGACACGAAGGCACAAAUUGAUAAACUAUGGCAAGAGGUGAACUCCUUGAAGGAGAUGCAAGCGCUGCAAACAGUUUGUCUUCGUGGCAUCAAAGCUCACAAGAAGUGUUACCUGGUCGUUGAGGAACCCAAGCAUUAUCAUGAGGCCAAUGAGGACUGCAUUGCUCAGGGUGGAACCUUGGCCACACCCCGAAACCUGAGGGAAAACAGCGACCUACGAGACUACGCCAGACUCAGCUCGCCAGGCACCAAAGACUUCUGGAUAGGUGUGACCGAUAUUGUUAAAGAAGGCCAGUACGUCGAUGUCAACAGCAUGCCCAUCACCUACUUCAACUGGGAUCGUGCCAAGAAGGAGCCGACAGGAGGAAAACGAGAGAGCUGUGCCGUGCUCUCGCUCUCAGCACAGGGCAAGUGGCACGACGAGGUGUGUCGCACUGAGAAGAGAUACAUAUGUGAAUACCUCAUUCCUUAAUCUGCCGUUAAUAUCCAACGCUCUAUGCAUGAUGACAAUUUCAUCACUGAUGCUGGUUAUUAAAGCUGUCUAAAGAUGCGACGUCAUGUUCCACAUAUUUGUUGUAGCAUUAAAUGUCUGGUCUGAGAGUGACUUCAGUCUGUGCAAAAUCAUAUCUUUAUUAUCUGUAUUAUUGUUUUUCAAUAUUUAGAGUAGCAUACACAAGGUUGUAACAGGAAUACAGUCAUAACAGUUACAUAACUUUGUUGCAAAAUUUAACCAUAUGAUUGGCUGUGUGUGUGUGUGUUUGUGUGUGUGUGUUCAUUGUUUCACUUUCUGAUAUUUUCUGUGUACGCAUAUUAGGUCCCCAUUAAUUACGUUAUUAUUUCCUCAUAACGAGUUAAACACAGAUUCAUUUGAGUUAACUGAUUUACUCAUUUAAAUCCAGAAUUUGAGCUCAUGUUUAGGUUUCCAAGCAUACUUUUUUCUCCACACUGUAUCGGGAUCACAGGAAAGUCAUGUCCUCAGAAAGCAUUUCUGGGUCUAGUGUCCUCUUAUGUUAUAAGUACAAGAAUGUGUGUGUAUGGGUUAAUUUCUUUUCACUUUCUUAACCUGGCUUUGUUUUGAAUCUGUCCUCAUGCCUACUUUACCUUAAUAUUGCAUAUCGAUUUCUGUCAUCAGUGAUUGGUCUACUUAAAAUAAAUAAAUAAAUAAAUAAAUAAAUAAAGACAUUUUUGGUAUCAUGCCAUACUGCUACACAGAUCUACAUUCCAACCUUAAUUCAAAUGAUACAUAAAUAUAAUA